AUGACCCACCGCUGCAGGAAAUCCUCCGGUCUCUGGAAGCCCCCUGACCCCCUCUAUUCCCCCCAGAUCGUGGUGUGGGAUGAGCCUUUCUUCCAGGGCAAGAAGCACGAGUUCACCACGGACUGCUACAGCACCCCGGAGCACGGCUUCAGCACCGUCCGCUCCUGCAAGAUCGAGAGCGGGGCGUGGGCAGGCUUCGAGCACUGCGGCUUCCAGGGGCAGCAGUUCGUGCUGGAGAGAGGCGAGUACCCGUGCUGGGAGGCGUGGAGCGGCAGCACCGCUUACCGCGUGGAGAGGAUGUGCUCCUUCCGCCCCAUCGCCUGCGCCGAUCACGGACGGAGCAGGUUGAUGCUCUUUGAGGAGGAAAACUUCCAGGGCAAGCGGGCAGAGAUGAGCGAUGACUGCCCCUCGCUGCCCGCCCUGGGCUGGGGCAGCAGCACCGUGGGCUCUUUCCUCGUCCGCUCCGGCGCGUGGGUGUGCUCGCAGUACCCGGGCUACCGGGGCUUCCAGUACCUCCUGGAGAGCGACAGCCCCGCCGGCGAGUACAAGCACGUCCGCGAGUGGGGGUCCCACGCACAGACGGGCCAGGUGCAGUCCAUCCGCAGGGUCCAGCAGUGACCGCGGGGCCGGAGCCCCCCGCGCCCGGCACCGCCUGUCCCGCGGGGCGGCGGCCACAAAGCUCAAUAAAGGCUCGGUUGUCCAA